AGGAAUUGUGAUAGGGCACAAUGCUCAUGGUUCGAUAAAAUUCAUCAUGUUUUAUAUCAUACAUUCACAAAUGAUCUAUCAUGGAGUAUCUUUAAUAAAACUGUGGGAUAUAAUUAUUAUUUAAAGUGGAUUAUUCAUAUUAUUCUUUGUAAUCAGAACUAUAAAUGAUAUAUUAAAGUAUAAAAAUUCAACUUGAGUAAUGUAUAUGUAAAUGGCACAAUCACUUCAUUACAUAUUUAUAAUCAACAAUCUGGUAGUGAAUCGGAUUUAAUGUUCCUAUUAAAUUUCACUUUCACCAAAUCAUUUUUAUGGGAAUGGAGUAGUAAAUCAUAUAAUGUAUUGAAUUCUAGGAUAUAUUAUCUAUUUAUUAUAACAUUUGGUUUCAUACUUCUGACUAGUGUAUCUCUAUUAACUAGUUCAUCAUCAAAUGAAUGGAUUAGUACUGAUUUUAUUUCUUGUUUAAAUGAAUCCAUCAAAGUAAAUGCUGUAAAUCAAUCAUCGUUGUGUCCUCAAUACAUUUCACAGAUCAAUAAUUAUACAUAUGGAGUCUCCAGUUCAUAUCAUCAACAUAUCUAUUCAAAGCCACCGCAUUCAUCAUCAUCACCAUUACUCAGGAAUAAACGUUUAAGUGAUUCACAUUCACCACCGCAUAUAAUUCCAGAUUUACCAAGUUUAUUAAGAUUUUUUGAUCGUACUGGUCUACAAGUACUUUGUCGUGCUGCUGGUAAUCCUACUCCACAAAUUCGUUGGUUCUCUUUACCAACUAAUGGUCGACCGACAACAGCUAGUGUAGAUCGUCUAUUCACUAAUGGUGGGAGUAGUAGUAGUAGUUCAGGAAUUAUCGGUUCAACUGUUAGUCCUUCUAUAUCAUCAUCGUCUGGUUAUGCUGUUAAUUAUCAAACUAUCGAAUUUCAAAAUGAUGAAAAUUAUAUUAGUGAACUUGGAUAUAGUAGUCGUGUCAGAGAAACACCUCAAGCAGAUCAUCAUCAGGAAUUCUCAUCCUCAUCCACGGAAAAUCUCUUACCAUCAUCAUCGUCACCUAGUCAACAACAACUCAAUACAAAUACUGUCACAAGUAACAGUGGUGGUAGCAGUGCUACUGGUACUAUCACCAGUACAAAUAAUGUCAUGAACGAUAUAAAAUCGAAUUCUAAUAAUCAGAUACUUGUUGGUAAUGGUUGGCUCAAUUUCACUGCAACACGUUCAUCAACAAUGAGGAUGGUAUUUUUUUGUCAAGCUGAAAAUUAUCUUGGCCAAGCUAGAUCACGUAAAAUGGUGAUUCAUCAAGUUCCUAUGCCAGAUGAAAAUUUGAAAAUAAUCUACAACACAUUCCCAAUUAAACCAAGACAAAAAGCUGUUAUUAGUUGUCAACCUGAACAGGGUAUAUUCAAUCGAUUUUUAAAAGUGAAAUAUUGGGAAGUUUAUUUAAAUAAAACAUUAAUUUCAACAGUAGAUCAUUCAUAUGGCCGUUUCAGCAUGAUCAAUGUAACUAAACAUCCAGAAUUACAUAUUCGAUCAAUUACGGAAGCUGAACUCACGUCCAUGGAAGUUCGAUGUGUUCUUCAAUCGAUUGUUGAUGAAUCAGUCACUGUUGAACGUCCGGAACGUGGUCGGUUACAACGAUUACAAUUUCGUUUUUCAUAUGCUGAACUUCGAAGUGUCGGUAGUGAGAUAAACAUUUUAAGAGGCUCUACAAUUGAAUUACCUUGGGCUGUCGAAGGCGAAGGUCGUACACAAGUGGAUUGGUAUUACUUGAACGAAGCUAGUCGUGUCAGACAAGCUAUCGCUUUGGAUUCGUCAACCACCACAACCACUACGAGUAGUGGUAGUGGUAGCAGCAGUAAUUCCGGUUCGUCCAUAACGACAACUACAUCAAAUUCUUCUGGAAGUGGCAGUAAUCGACGACACACUAGUGAAUUACCAUGGGGUACUAAAUACGAAUUAGUAGACGGUGCUUACGGCAAUUUACGACUGAUCAAUUUAUCAGUGACUGAUUCUGGACAUUAUAUUGCCGAAUCAGUUCAUUUAGGACGUUCACUGCGAAUAAAAUAUACGAUACGAGUUAGAGCACCUCUUGGUGUAAAAAUCACACCAAAUCGUCGAACUGUUGAUUGGGGUAGUCGUGUUGAAUUAACAUGUGAAGUAACUGGACAUCCACGUCAGUUAAUUUAUUGGUUACAUAAUUCACGUUUAGUUCCAAGACGUCAUCAUGUACGUCAUAUUCCAACACCAUUUACAUCAUCAACAGGGGUUAAUUAUAAUAAUAGUCCAUUGAAUUCAAUAUCUGAAAGAUUAAUUAUUGAAGCAUUUAAUUUAGAUGAUAUUGGUGUAUAUCAAUGUAUUGUUGAAAAUGGUCAUCCAACUGAUCGAUUUAGUUUAAGUAUGAAUGGACGUCAAUCAUCUGAUGAUUCUAUAUUUUCAUAUUAUGCUAAUACUAUGCCUUUAUCUACAAUGAUUAAUUCACAAAAUAAUACACAUACUACUACUAGUAAUAAUAGUAGUAAUAACAGUCCUAUAUCAAUCAAACAAAAUCCUGGUCAAUUAUCUGAAAAUGAUCUAACAAGUCAAACAAAUUCAUUUUCUAGUCUUGAAAGUGUUGGUGAUCUAAUUGAUAAUGCACAAGCGACAGCUUUAUUAAUGAUGGGUAAAAUGCGUCCAUCAUUAACAUGGCAAAAUCCAGCUGUUGAAUUAGGUUCAUUUGCUUCACAAGUAUUAUUAUCAUUACAUAUGGGUACUACAGAUGCAUUAUUAGAGUGUAGAUUUGCUGCUAAUCCACCACCACAAAUUAUAUGGUAUCGUGAUGAUAAACCAAUAAUAUUUGAUGAUUCAAAUGUUCUCUCUGGUCAAGUAAUGUUAGAUGAAGGAACAGCUUGUACAACAAUUACACGACUUACAAUUAAUAUUCGCAAAUUGCAAAAUUUAGAUGAUAUGUGGACAUUUGGUGGUGAAUAUCGGGCAGUAGCUGAAAAUUCUUAUGGUCAAGCAGAUUGUCGAACUUAUGUGUUGAUGGAUACACCGCUUCGUCUACGUCCAAUGGAUAUUGGAAAACCGGCUAUAGCUGGUCGAGCCUAUACAUUAAAAUGUUAUUUUAUCGGUAGUGGAAUUCCUACACUUCAAUGGCAUCGUAUAAAAAAUGGUCAUGAUCUACGUCGUAUCCCUGUGGAUCAUCGACAUCAACUAUUAGAAAAUGGACGUGUACUUCGAAUAACUGAAGUAAAUCAAGAAGAAGAUGAAGCUGAUUAUCGUUGUACAGCUAAUUUAGGCGAUAUGACUGCUAAUACAACUGUAUCAUUGAAAGUUUCACACGCUCCUCGUCUAUUUGAAUUACCACAAACACGACAAGUGAAAGAUGGUCAUGAUAUGUUGUCUUAUAGUUGUGCAUUACAAAAUAGAGCUGAUAAACCUUGGUAUGCAUGGUGGGAAUUUCAACGUGAAGGUACUAAUGCGAUUGUUCCGUUACCACCGUUUAAAAAGAAUGCAUACGAUGGUUUCUCGGUCUCGUAUGUUGUCUCAGAGAAUGAAGUUAUACCAUGGCGAUUACCUGAUAGUUUACGUGAACGAGUACCAUCAUUUGUACAUACUGAACCAAAUUCCGCUGUUCAUGUUAGUGUUAAUGAAUUACGCAAAGAUCAACAUCAUGGUAAUCUGACAUGUGUUGUUGUCAAUGAAGUUGGAACUGAUAGACAAUCGAUUCGUGUCACAUUUAUACCUGAAUUGGAAUUCGCUAUUCGACCGCCUAAUAAUCAAGAUGUAACUCUUGGACAAACAAUUUCAAUUGAUUGUGCGGCUAAACCAUCGGAUUUACAACCAGUUGUUGAAUGGAAAUAUUUACAGAAAACUACUGGAUCCUACGUUAGUGUAAGUCAAUUAUCUGAAGCAACAAAUGGACGUAUUGGUCAAUUAUCUAAUGGUACCUUAUUGUUAUCUAAUGUAGAUGAAUCGGAUCCAAGAGAAUUUCUAUGUUUUCUUAAACCAGGUAGAUUAUCAACUGCUGCACAACGUAGUUCAGCGGUUAAUUUAGAAGUACAUGUACCUGCACGUAUUGAUCCAUUGGAUGCUGUUGAAAAAGUUCGCGGUUCUCGAUUCAAUUUAACUUGUAGCGUUUACGGUGAUCCGGAUGAUUUAAAAGCAUCUUGGUAUUAUCGUUUAUCAUCAAAAUCACGUUGGCAGAUUAUUGAUAAACCAUGUGUUGUUCCAUUGGCUUACGUUGAUGGUGUUGCCCGUAGUAGUAGUGGUGGGAGUACACAACGUGGUAGUGAUGGUGUAACAUUAGAACCUUCCAAAACCGAUGAUAAUAUAUUUUCUGAUCUUCAAGAUUUAUCAUUUGAUCCUUCAGACAAGUCAUCACCAUCACCGUCUACAGAGUUUAACAGAGAUUGGAGUCCUAGUUUAGCGGAUUGUCAGAGUUAUGCUACAGAAGGUUUAGAAAGUGGUAUACUAUUUCGUCAGGUUUCAUUCUUUAAACCAAAUAAACGGGGUUUAGAUAAACAAUUACAAUUUUUAAAUUUAAAAGAAGUUCAUAUGGGUGAAUAUUUAUGUAAAGCUUCUAAUAAAUAUAAUCGUAAUUCACGUGGUCAACCAAUUGAAGUCGAAGCAUUUGUACGACUUACUGUAAUUUCUGUCCCAGAUUCUGUUCAGUUUGUAUAUAAUAGUUCUAGAACAACGGCUACAAGUGUAUCAUUUUCAUGGUUACCACCUUUACGUGAUGGAAAUAAACCAAUACGUCAGUAUAGAAUUCGAUAUUCACAUUCAGAGCCAAGUGCUAGUGGUCCGAUGUCGUCUAUUCAACAGCCUAAUGUUACAGAAAUUGAUGUAUCUGAAAAUCAACAUCAUAUUGAAUUGAAUAAUCUUCGGCCGUAUACAAAAUAUCAUAUUACCGUGGCUGCAAUUAAUGAUGUUGGACCAAGUGUUGAAAACGCUCUCGCGCUUACUACUCAAGAAGCUAAACCAGAUGGUCCAGUUCGUCGUCUUAUCGCCAAUGGAACUGCUUCUGAUACAAUUAUAGUUAGUUGGGAUAAUCCAGCAUUAGAACAUUUAAAUGGUAAUGUUGAUCGUUAUUGGAUUUGUCGACAACGUAUUAAAGAUAGUUUGUCAAUUGAAGAAUUAAUGGAACUUCCAUGGCCUGAAGAUCCAAACGAUGAACACAGUACAUCAAUGCGUGGUCGUUAUAGUCGUGUACAUUGUAAUUUGAUUAUAAGACAAAUGGAUCAUGAAAUUAAUGGUCUGCCAAAAUUCACUGCUUACGCUUUUCGAGUUAUUGCUAUGAAUAGUAAAGGUCUAUCACCUCCAGCUUAUACACAAACAAGAACUUUAGAAGAUUUACCGCAAGCUCCUCCUGCAGAUGUCACAUGUGCAUCACAACAACAUAGUAUCACUGUUUCUUGGAAUCCGCCUAACCCUGACACGAUCAAUGGGAUUUUGACAGAAUAUCAUGUUAGUUAUUUUGCUGCGAAUGAAUAUGGCGAUGAAACAGGUUCAGUUAAUCAAGCUGUAAAAGGUCAAACUACAGUGACUUUAGCUGGUCUGUUAGCCUAUACAAAUUACACUAUCCAGGUCGCUGUUAGUAAUCGUAAAGGACGAGGUCCUGCGUCACCAAGAAUUAUUUGCCUAACUAAAGAAGCUCCUCCAGGUGCACCAGAGUUCGUCAAAGUGAAACCGAUUAAUUCAUCAUGUAUUGUUGUUUCAUGGUCACAUCCUCGUAAACCUCAGGGACAAAUGAAGAGUUAUUGUUUAGAAGCUAUACCAUUGUUAGAUACUGCGCAAGAUGGUUUUAUUAAUCUUUUUGCUUUCUCUCCAAUUUCAUCAUCUCCAUCAUCGUCAUAUAACAGUAAUGAUAAUAAUAAUGAUCGUGCUAAAGGACCGUGCAUACGACCAGAUUUUACAAGCUCAUACAAUUACUACUUUUAUUGUGGUUUAAUUGAAGAACGACCAUAUAAUAUAUCUGUUCGAGGCAUAAAUCAAUUUGAUGGUCAUAAAACAUGGGCAGGACCUAUUCGUCCAACUGCUAAUCCACCGAUUGGAAUUAUAUCGAUCGGUGGUAAAAUAAUUGCACAAAAUAAAAUGAGUAUUUGGAUGGAUUGCUUAAUUAUUGGUGGAUAUCAACCACAUUGGAUAUAUCCACAUGAUGAUCUUGAAGAUUUACAUAUUAUGGAUAAUGGUACAUUAGUUGUAGAAACUGCACGUGUUGCUCAUAGUGGACAUUAUAAGUGUUCCACUGUAUCUGAUAGUAUAUCAUACGAUUUACUUGUACAAGAAAUCCUUGAAGAACCUCCGCGUAAACCAAUUUGGCAUAAAUUCACACCAAGUCUACGUGGUAUACAAGCUGAGUGGUUAUCACCUGGAUCUAAACGUCUUGAUGCACCUAUUCUAUGGUUUUAUUUAAAUUGGACUAAUUUACAUACUGGACAAAUGGAAACUAUACGUUUAUCAGCUGAUCAACGUACUUAUUAUCUAUCGAAUUUAACAUGUGCUACCACAGUUAAAUUUCAAUUAAAAGCUGAAAAUAAAGUUGGCAAUAGUUCACUAACUGAUGUCACCUCAUGGACUACAUUAGGUUCCUCCCCAUUAACUGCUAAUGCAGCUCAAUUAAUACCGAAUAAUUUACGACAACAAUAUUCUGUGACAUUUAAUCUGUCAAAUUUUCUCCCAGGCAACGGUUGCCCACCUACUACAUAUCGUCUAUUGAUUGCACCAUCAGAAGAUGGACAUUUUGGUUUAAAACAAACAAUUAUUAAUCAAACAUUAACUAGAUCAGAUCUUAUAACAGUAGAUAUAUUAAAUAGAGAAAGAUGUUGUUACAAUGUGACUAAUUUGAAUUCAGGAGCACAUUAUCAUUACAAAGUUGUAGCAACCAAUGCUGCAGGAUCAGCCAGUGUUCAAGGUCAAUUCUGGACAAGAACUGUUUCAGGACGUGAACCUGUACUCAAACAAAUACAUUUACUUGGAAAAGCUAAUUUCUUUUUACAACCAACUGUUAUUGUACCAACUACAGCAUUAUUUGCUAUUAUAAUUGUUGUUGUCAUUGCAUUAAUAUUCUUUUGUCGUCAUCGACGUUUAGAAGAAGAUUUAUGCCCAAAUAAAAGUAUCACUGUAACACAUAAUGAUUUACGAUCAAAUCAAACAAAUAAUAAUUUACAACAUCAACAAACAACAAAUACUGGUCAUUCAUAUCAUUCUUAUCAUGUUGGCAGUGGUGGUGGUGAUCCACGACGUGUUCCUACUGCUGUUAUUUCCACUAGUAUUACUAAUUGUGGUAAAGGAAGAUCAUCUUCGAAUCAUGGACAUGAUAAUCUUCCACCGAUUCCUUCUUCAGGACAUCAACAACAUGAUACAAAAUCUACUACAAUUGUACCUGUUGGACGUCAUAGAACUGGUUUAAAAAGCUGGCUCAAUGGUACACGAAUGCGUCUCUAUGAUCGUGGACAUCCAGUCAAGCCUUCAGAACAAUCUGUACAUGUUGGUUCGUCUCAAGUGAAUAAUCAUAUUACUGGUGAUGAAGAUGAACGUUUAUCCACUAAUUCAGUUGAUAGUGAAGGUAAUAUCAAUCCGUAUGCAACGUAUGCAGCAACCGGUUUCGGUGAUCGAACAGAUACAGUAGGUACAAGUGCCAAUCUAACUGGACCUGAUGUUCCUGGUAGUGGCGGUAUCAAAUCUUCAGUAGUUUCCGGUUCAGUAAUAGAUAAAAAUAUGAUCGGACCAAGAGGUGUACGAUCAACACGAGAUUUAAACAUAAAUCAUGGAAAUCACAAUGUGAAUAUAUCAAAAUCAUCUUGGAAUACCGUAUUCAGACGUGGUCUUUCAAUUCCUUCAAACCCAGACUCUAUGAUCACUACUAUGUCUGGACAUCAUUAUCAUUAUCCAAAUUUAGAUUCAUCGAUUGGUAAUUCUACACUUGGUCGUCCUCAUCUUAUUCGUGUCGGUUCUAGUGGUCGAUUAAGGUUAGCUCAGCAUAUGAUUGAUCCACGAUUAGUUCCACCAUCGACGGCUGCUCUAAUUGAUCCAAUGAUGCUUGGACCAUAUGAUAAUGGUACACUGGAAGGUAAUGAUUCAGAAAAUACAGUUGAUGAAUUUGUUGCAAGAGGAUCAGUGUUAGGUCCUCUAAGAAAUGGAAUAAUACGACGAAUUAAUUCAUUUGAGUCUUUACAUCAAUUACCAAGAGGACGUUCACGAACUUAUCAUCAAGGUUUUGCAGCUUGUAUACCAAGUGGACGAACUUUACCAUCAAUGGGAAUUAAUGUAUCAGGGUCUGUUGUUGGCCCAAAUGCUUCAGUUUCAUUCUAUGAAUCUGGUGGUACCAGUGGUAUUCAACCAUCUGAUCCAUCUGUAGCAUAUCGUGGAAGUGUACUAUCAAGUACAACAGUCUCGUCAAAUCAUGAAGAAUUGAUGCAAGCUUAUGAAUAUGGUAGAAAGCAUCAAUUAAAAUCAUGUCUUACUUUACCGUCAAAUACUGUUAUACCACCUCAUCUUGUACCAUCUGGUAAUCUUGGUACACAUUUAAUUCCUACACAUAUAGGUAUGGGUCUUGAUAAUUCUCAUCAUCAUCGUCAUCGCCAACAUCAUCAUCCUUCAACUGGUGCUAUUGUUGUGCCUCAUUCAACAUUAACUGGAGUUACUGUUGGUGGAAUCGGAGAAGGAGAAAUCAGUGGAGAAUCGGCAUCGAGUGAUGCAACUGAUUCAGGUAUUCGACAAUUUACUCAACAACCACCUCAACCGGAUGAAGCAAGACAUGCUACAUGUGAAAUUCCAUUUGUUUACGAUGUGAAUCAAUUGACUUCUCGACGUAUGGUUCCUAUCGUUGGUGGUGGUACAUCAAUACAUCGUGGAAAUGAUACUUCUUUAUUUGGUCAUUCACGUACAAAAUCUAAUAGUAAUCGUUUACAACAAUCAAGAUUUGUAAGAUGUAAUUCUGAUUGUCCAUCAGAUAUGACAGAUACAUAUGCUACAGUAGAUUAUAAUGGUAUUACUAGUAGUAAUGUUAUACCUCCACCUUAUAAUUUAUCAUCAACACAACAAAAUUCAAUUCGAAUUAAUCAAUUAACAACAACUGGAGUUAGUGGAAUUCAAAAAAACUUGUAUGAACAAAAAAUGGAAAGUAAUAUUAUACCUCGAUCUUAUCAACCACUUCCUGCACCACCAUUAUCUACAAUUGCAUAUUGUGACACAGACGAUCCAUCGACAGCUUACGGUCCAAUCACCACUACAACAUAUGAUGAUGAAUCUGAUCAAUGUCAGCCAACUUCUUAUUAUUAUCAUCAUCAUCACCAUCAUCAUCCUCAUCAUCCAUCAUCAUCUGGAAUUAAUAUUAUGCCAAAUUUCAAUAGUAGUAGUAAUAAGAAAUUGAUCAGUGGAUUCAAUAAUCCAUUACCUCAUCAAAUAGUUGGAUCAGAUUCUAAUCAAAUGAGACGAAGAGUUUUACCAAUUAAUUUACCUACAAAUACACGAGCUACUUCCAUGAAUUCGGUGUCCAUCUUGUUGUGCUAAUGCGGUAUGUCAACUUGAACCGAUGCAUUUAUGUGCCUGGUCUUACGUUGUAGCUGACUGACUGAAUGAAUGAAUGAAUGAAAUUGCUAUUUCAAUGAAGAAAAAAACAAUUUAAAGACCUUAAGUCGAAUAUGAUGAACACCAAAGCAUAUCUCUGAUUGGUUAUUACUACAUUUUACCAAACAGUUGAAAAAUUGAGAUAUCUUCACAAUAGGAUUACAUUCAUAUACUGAUACACAUGCAUCCACACAGAUAAUUAUCCCAAUCAUUGUUGUGGACGUUGGAUCCCCAGAACUCUGGAUCAUUUUAAUCAAUGAUUACAAAUUUUCCUUAAAUUAUGAAAUUUAAAAUGUUCACAGUUGAAAUCACGAAUGUCAUCUAAGCCAGAUCAUCAUGGAAAACCUGGUUGCCACUAGGACUUCUCUAAAUUCACUCUUUCAUACUAUAUAUACAUAAUGCUUUCUAUUUCAAAUCUGAAUUCACCUGACAACAUUAAAAACUUGGAUCAAUGAGAAUAUAUGCUACAUUCUCUAUACUACUUAUGACUGAUUCAUACUACUCAUAAGUUUGUUUUUUCUUUUUUCUAGAUUUACGAAAACAGUCAUCAACUAACAGUCGUAUAAAUAAUAGUCGUCAGUUGGAUAAAUUACAUACAAGACAAUUAUCAGAAAUCACUGGAGAAGAAAGUGUUGGACUACUUUCAGUUGCUGGGAUGUCAGGUUUAUCCAAUCAAAAUCCAAUUGACAUUUCUAAUUCUACAAUCCAUGGUCAAGUCUAUACUACUACUACUACUACUACUACUCCUGCUAGUACUACUUCUACUACUGCUGGGGUUCGAUGGAAUAAAUUUUCUACAAAUGUUAUUCAUUCUUCAAAUGGAAUAAAUUAUCGUGAUGGUGAUAUUGAUUGUAGCGGUGGCGGUGGCGGUGGCGGUGGCAGUAGUAUUAAUGUUGGUACUGUUGGAUAUCAGGGAAAUUCUUCUUCUACUAUAACUACACAUCAUCCAACUGAGCCAAUUGAAGAGAAUGUAUACACUUCAGAAUUUGUACUUGUUUAAAUUCAACAAUCUUAUACGCCUCAUCUACUUAUACAUAAUGAUAGGCCAUAAGAUCACUAAUACAUACACACACACACACACAAUUAUAUGUAUAUGUAUAUUUACUUAUAAAAAUGUCGCGCACAAUUUACUGUUUACACAUAGGUGUGUUUGUGUGUGUGUGUGAGAGAGAGAGAGCGAGUGAGUGAGUGAGUGAGUUUGUAUGCGACACAGUGAACAUGAUACAAACGGUAAAAUGGAUCAAUUCGUAAUGAUGUAAUUAUUUACUCUUUUUUUUUAAAAAUUAUGAUUUUUUUCUCUAUUUAUUUUUCUUUAUGGUAAUAAUGCGGGUGGGGGGAGGAGAGAACGAUUUUAUUCACCAUGAUUGAUUCUUUCUUACUGUCUAAUUUGUUUGUUUGUUUGUUUUUCUUUUUACAGUUGAUUUUUGUUCUUUUCCAACUGUUGUUGAACAUCGAGGUCUUUUGUUGUUGUUCUUGUUGUUGAAAGAAAACGAAACUGGGCGUCAACACGAAUUGUUUCUUUUCUUUCAUUAUUAUUUUUUUAAAAAUUCUAUGUACAUAACUUUUUUUUUAUUCAGCUGACCUCUUCUUAUGAGAUACAGUGUUGUUAUGCACAAAUUGUGUUCCCAUUUCCUUCGUUUUUUCCCCCUUCAUUUGGAUUAUAUCCUAGAUCUUCCUUUUCUCCCCUCUCCCUCUCUUUCUCUCACUGUAUAUCUGUUGUUUUUUUUUAAUUUGUUGGUUUACAAAUGAAGUGAGACGUAGGGAUUAUUUUUUUUCAGUUGAAGUUCUGAAGAAUUCAAGUUUAUCAAUUGUCCCCCCCCUUCUGAUCUUCUAGUAAUUGUUAUGUAAAUAGCAGAUUUAGGCAUACCAAUCGAUAGGGUCCCCUCUUUCUCUUUUAUACUCUUCUUAUGUUUUUUUUUAUAUGCAUGUCUUUGUCUCAUUAACAUGAAAUGUAUUGCUUUUUGUUGUUAGGGGGGCGGUUAAUAGGGACAUUACCACCAUAAUCAUUUUUAAUGUUAUGAAUUAUUCUUCUUAUUAUUAUUAUAUACCCAACAAUAUAGGCUUAACAUUUGAACACAACGAAUCAAUGAAUGUAUUCGAUCACUUUAAUUUGUUUUACUAAUAAUAUUUCCAUGAAAUUCUAAUUAACAACGGUGACAAUUGAAGGAAUUUCUUUCCGAUGGUAAUACAUAUAGAAAUACAUUGAUGGGUUCAUUGUUGACGGUUAUAUUUGGCUUUUCUGUGAAUGUCUGGAUGAAUUGAUUAUUCUUUUUGAAAUCUAGUCAUUUCUAAGUUUAUCAUGUUUGUUUGUUUGUUUGUUAUUUUUAUGUAUGUAACUGUAUCCUUGUCACACACACACACACAUGUAUGCACGCACGCACGCAAGUGCGCGUAAAUUGUAUUCAAAGUCCCUUUGGCCAGUUUAAUUUGUGCCUCUCAUAUGUAUUUUGCUUACAAGUUUAAUUUGUAUUGCCUAUUUUAUCCUUGACUUUUAUUUUCCUAAUUCUAUCAUUACCACUGUGUGUUGAUUUUAUCUUACACCUUUUUGUGAUAGACAAUCAAAAUAGCACAAAGUGAUUGUGUGUGUGUGUAUGUAUGGGUGUAUCUAAGUGAAUAAGACAUGAACGAACUAGUCUUUUUUUAUCUUUAAGAAACAUCGGGUGUGUGUGUGUGUGUACGCCCGUGCAAGUGCAAGUGCAUGCGUAUGUACUUGGAAAUGACUUCUGACAAUUUUUUGAUCUAAGUGUUUUUGUCCAUGGCUUUACGUGGUGCUUGUUGACAACAUAGAGAAAUUAUUGAUUUCUUUUUAUCUCCCUCUCUGAGAUAUCUAUAUAUACCAUAUUGUUUGAGAAGACUUUGUCGAUAUAGUCUUUUUUUUAUUAUUUAGAAAAAAAAGUGCUAUUUAAUAAAUGUGUUCGAAUUU